AUGGCAACUAUAACGGUGGCUAAAGUCGGUAGUAAAAGAAAGGCAGCGAGUUCUGGUGGUAGCAAAACCCUCAAAAAUUCGCUAGGUAAAAAAUCAAGCGUAACGGCUAACAAGAAUAGUCAUAUCACGCGAUGGCUCUUGAAAUCUGAACCUGAUAGUAGAUUUGAAAAUGGAGUUGAUAUGAAGUUUAGUUUCGAUGAUUUAAAAAGUUCGCCUGAUCAAAUAACGCAAUGGGAUGGUGUGCGAAAUUUUCAGGCGCGUAAUUUAAUGAGGGAUUGUAUGAAAGUAGGUCACUUGGGCUUCUUUUAUCAUAGUAAUUGCAAGAAUCCUGGAAUUGCUGGAAUAGUCAAGGUAGAUGUGAAGUAUGUUCGAGACCUUAAGCGAUUUAUUUCUCUAUCUGAGUUAAAAUCUUACCAUGAGAAACACAAGACUAAUGAUGGCCCGUUAAAAAAUAUGAGGUUAUUUACAAAUAGGCGAUUAUCUGUACAGCCUGUUACUGACGAGGAAUACGAAUUUAUUUUAAGCAUUGAGGACCAAGAACCAAAGAAGAAAUAA